UUCAAAACUGUCUCAAAACUUAGUUUUUAGCGCUGCGUAAAUUUCACAAGACCUGCUUGAGUAAUAUGGCAUUGUUAAUUUGCCAUGAAAGGAACAUGAAGUUCAAUUUCAGGUUUAAUUGCGAAAAGCAAUUUAAGUCUGAGCAGUUGAUAUUAGAAACUGCUAAUUUUAAUGUAAUGAAUGUUUCAUACCGAGGAUUUUCCGCUUCUGUAUGUUGUUUCGGUAUUUUUUGUUAAAAGCUAUGCCUAUGCUAUGGCUAAUGCCCUAUUGUAUCACCAUCAGUUCAGAAGUCGUUUAGUUGAAACCAUACUUUUAUACUUCAUGGUGAGCUCGAAAUAGUUAUCGAAUGACUUGGCUAACUUGAAUAGGAUAAGCCUCGAAUAGGAUAACUGGCAAUAAAAGGGUUUAAAUACUAUACAAGAAUCAAUCGGUCUCUGAAAACCGAUCAUAACCGUUGUUGAGCAAAUGUAUAGUAAGUUCGUUAAUUGAUAUAUAGCAAGUGGAAUUGAUUUGUCUGCAUAAAAUACCUGGAUAGGAAGCUGAAAAUGUCACCUUCAAUAGAAAGCAUUACAUAUGCCAAGCUUGUUUUAGUCGGUUAGCAAUAAUUGUUUUGAGUAACUGUCAAUCCCGAUUCAAAUCUACCUUCAGUUAGUGGGUUUCUUUGAAUUAUAUUAUGUUUUGGCUACAUUAAUUACACACUUUUUUAAAGCAACCAGUAAAUUGAAGUUCAGGCUGGCUGCUCUUAAUUUUUAUGAAAAUCUGAAUUGUUGGCGUGUAAGCAGUGCAAUUGCUAGGUAUUGUGCUCUAGGAAGGUGUCCAGGCCUCGUCUGCCAAUAAAGUGAGUGAGACAUCCUUUAUUUGCUGACAAGUUUGAAAAUUCCUCAAAAAAGCACCCCAUUAUGGCAAAAAAACGCUUCAUCUUUGGGAUAAGCAUUGUUUUAAUCAAAUUGUUUGCUCACCCUCAACUUGUUCUUAAUUUGCUCUUAACUUUUGACCAGUUUUGAGGCUCAUGUUUUUAUGAAAUUUCUCUUAUAAAAAAGCAUGGUAUUAUAGAUUAAACAUUAUGACAUAAUUUUAUGGGAAAUAUUUCAUGGACCUUUCUAGCUAAAUAAUUUUAUUCAUAUUUACUGAAAUUUGCUGCUGUGUGCAGUGGUAUAGAACUUUGGGAGUGGGGUAAUUUUUUGAUAAUGCACUUUUUGUGAUAUAAUCCUAUGGUUUUGAAACUGCCUUUUCUUAACCAUUCAUGGGCGCUCCCUUCAGGUAAAAUUGGCGCUCUUUGUUAGGAAAAAAUUGGCAUCCUUCUUGGUUUUUUGUAGUUUCUUUUUUCCUUAAUGGCUACUUGUUGGUUCUUUGUAUGGCUUUUUCAAGCAAUAAAAAGGAACUACAAAAUAUUUGAGUGGCCUAAAACAUUUGUUUUGUUCUCCCCAGAGCCUAGUGGCUGGCACCGACCAUAGGAGAAAGACAAAAACCAUUCAAUUAUGGCAACACUUUGACCUCACAAUGUUAGCUUUUGUACAAUUUUAAAAGUUUGUUUGCUCAAAGUUGUUAUCAACUUAAAGGCUCUUUCAAAUGCAACCACUGUACCUUAACUUGUAAGCUAAAUUUGUGGAGUUGAAAAUGAUUUGAAUUAACAUUAUGAUUCUAAGUUUGCAAGUUUGAUUUGAUUAUUUAGAUCAAAGCUAUGACAUGUUGAGCAAUAUGGCCUCAAGGCUUUUCCCUCAUUAUUUUUUUGCAAUAUAACUAAAUGUGUGCUUUCAAUCACAUAGACAGAUUCUUAUCUACAUUUACAAAUAAGAGGUUUUGUAGAAUACACAGAAUCAAAUGUUGUCCCAGUGUAACUAAACUGGAAGUUCCUUUACCCACUUUCAUUCCAUUUUUGAUAUGUAAUUGUUGAGUUACUUAAAAAUUAUAAAUAAUAUAUAUUAGGGAAAUGCUGUAUUCAACACAUCAAAAUUUGUCCCAAAGUAGUGAUUAAGCAAUAAAGAAAUAAAAUUUGCCUGAAAAUAAAUUGAGAACUUUCAAGUAUUAAGGCACCGAUAAAAUAAUUUAUGACAGCAAUACUACUUUAAGUCACAUAACAUAGUUGCUUUUAGAGAAAUUGUUAAAUAAGCUUUUAUAAAUGCAAUUACUGUAGAGAACUAUGACACAACAAUUUGCCAACAUUUUAAGCGUUAGAAGUCCUUUGAAGAGCCCAUGGAACAUUGAAUUCAUUGGUUAAUGCUUUUUUGCUGAAAAUAUUUUAAAAGUUAAGAAUAUUCAAGCCUGUGGUCUAGAAUCUGGUGCACUUACAAAUAACUGAUAAGAUAGAUAGAUCUCUCUGUCAAGGCCUGCCAAUGCAACUAGUAAAUUAUGAUAUCGCAUGCUGCAUGCAGUCCUGGUAAUAUGAAAUUUGGCGGCGUGCUGGUAAUCACACGCCUUGAAGAGUUUAGGCGUGAUGGCGUGUGAUGAUGUGUGAUCCACAAAUGGGGACCUUACGAUUUUUAUGAAGACCUGAUGUCAUCUUUGUAUUAGAAUGUGUGUAUCACUGCUUGAAAAAGCGUAUGCGGUUUUCGUAAAACCAAAAAGGUUUUAUGGAAUUUUGGAAGAAGUUUCUUGAAAACAAAAUAAUUUAACAAAAAUGAUACAAGUUUUUUAGGCUCUGUUGCCAUUACUCUGUUUCCGUAUGAGAACAGAUUCAAGUGAAUCUGUUUUUGAAUUUGAGUUUCAUUAAUACACUCAAAAACGAUGUCAUUUGAUACCAAACCAAAUUUAUUCAAAAACGCUGUUAAACGUGGAGUCAUUCGUAUACGGAAUCAUAUGAUUACGCGUUGUUUUAUUCAGAACAGUGAAGACCGAGGCAUUCAAAAACGGAGUUAUUCAAUCUCAGUUUCAUAAAGAACUCAAGCUAAGGAUAUGAUAACGGACAAAUAUGGAGUAAUGGAAACACCCACGUUAUCGUUUGACCGAACAGAGUGGCUCGGGGCAAUUUGUUCAAGAAAAUAAGAAAAUAACCGAGAGAGAGAACAGAGACAUACAAUAACGGAGUAACAGAAUAACAGAGUAAGGGAAACAGAGCCUAAUGGAAACGAAGUAAAGAGUUAAAAUGCCUCCGGGAAUGCUAUCAAUAUAACCCACACAAAAGAAAUUAAAAGAAACAAAAGAGAAAAAGAAUAGUAAUUCAAAACAUGGAAAUGCGCGUGCGAUAGAAAGCACGCCUCAGGAGUUCUAGACGUGUGCGGAGGCGUGCGCGUGCGAUCGCACGCCUAAAAUUAUCAGGACUGCUGAAUUGCAAUUAUGAAAUUUUUUCCUUAAUUUUCUUUUUUACUUUAUUAUCAACGUUUUUUUAAGAAUACUUUGAUCCUAUUUAAUGCUAAAAAAGAUAUAAUAGUAAGUUUUCUUUGUCUCAUAUUUUUAUUGUUUUUGUUACCUGCUUAGGAUGGUUAUUCAAGAUGAAUAAGUUGGUUUGUAUGGUGUCUUUGGAUUGCAAGAUAAAAAAGUUAUCUUAUUGAUUUUUUAUUGGAGUUUGAGAGAGCAUUUGAUGUAUAUUGAUAUAGUACUUGUUGUAAUACUGUGACACCAUGAUCAUCCACUAAACUAAUUGAUAUAAAUUUAAGGAGAAAGUGCAAUAGUAAGCAGUGAGUGCAAUAAUUUAUAACAUAGAAAUUACCAAGUAUUUUUUUAAAAAAACAACAUUUGUGUAGGUUUCUGAGAAGCUUUUAUUAACUGCAAUACUCCUCGUUUCAUUCGACUAAUCAUUUCUUUUUUGUGAAUUUGUCUCACUGUAUUGUAGCUUUUUGAUGUUUUUCUUCUUCCUGGUGUUAUAUACACCAUUAGGCGGCACACUCUAGUGAGUUUUUUUGUUCAUGAGAUGCAAUGCAAAUGGUCUCAUGAGAUUCAAUGCAAAUGGUCAUUCUAUUAUGUUAGGCCAAUCUCUCAAUUUAGUGGGCCAUUUGGUAAUGAGUUUUCAAAUUCAAUUCGUAACCAGCAAGAACUGCACCAAAUCAAUGCAUCAGCUUCCUGCAUUUGCUAAUUUCAAAUUAUUUGAAUAUGAAAAAAAUGGCUUCUUGCUUAAUAAAGAAAAAUUUAAUAAUUAUAUUCUCGGAAAUGAAAAAGCUGGUUUUUCCGUGCAAAAUCAAAUAAAGCAGCUGUGCUUAUGAGCAGGUUCCAUCAUUGACUGAGUCUUCUGAAAAAUGUUAGUUACUUUGGCUGUAUCACAAGUCACAAAAUAAAAGACUCUGGAGAUAUGAUCUUUCUUUGUGUUUCUUUCCUGGGCAGUAUAUGAUCCCAAUUUAUUGUUAUUAGAAGGUUUCUUAUCUGAAAAAUACUGAACAUUUUUUUUCCUUAUUAGAAUUAUGAUGAGGUAGCUCUUUUAUAAUAAUGUAUUUGUAAAUGCAUUUUAAUUUCAAUAUUGUCAGAUUGUCAGAUUGUCAAAUAGCUGCUGAAAUAAAAUUACAAUUUGAACUUGAUUGAUUGCAUAUUUUAAUUUCUGGUAGAUAAGGUCAUUGUGCAUCUAGGCCAUAAGAUGAACAAGCUUUGACUUAAAAUGCACAAAAGCUUCAUGAAAGUCAGUCAACCCUCGUCAGUCAACUGUUCAGGGUUAACAAAAGGCUCUGAAGCAUGUGUCAAUUGCGAAAAGGUUGGGAAUAAGUCUUGCGUUGCUGAUUGGAAAACGUAAGAAUGGUCUAUGGAAUAGUGUAAUGAAUGAGAAUUUAAAUGGAGAUCGAAAUUCAUUGGGACAUAGUUGUCCAGAAGUGCUAAUUUUGCUAUGCAACUUGGAAAUGAGCAAACAAAAUUUUCUUUUCUUAUGACAGUCAGUGUAGUGUCAAGUGGUAAAAGUUAAUUUAAAAAAUCUGUUUAGAUUACAUUAUGUUGGUAUGGUAGGGUUAAAGUUUGCUUGAUGAUGCACAGCGGCUUGUAUGCAUUGCAUGGUUUUCUUUGAAUACCUGCUGAGCCAUACACAAUACCAAACUUGUGGUUUUGUUUAACUGAAUUUGUGAGAGAACGAAGAACAUUGACCAUAGCUAAGCUUCAAGAAAAUUCUCACACGUGGUUAUAGAAAUUAUAGAAAAAUGGUAAGAUUCUCUAGCGGGAGUUUCCCCUUUGCGUUUUUCAACUGGAGGCCACUUCUCUGCUCUCUUAUUUUAAGAUACUUUUCGUCUUAAACUGUAAUCUUUUGGACAUGUUUUCUAAAAUUUAACAAAAGACCUGGUGAUGCACCUCUGCAAUCUUGGUGUCUGUAAACAUUCUUUUAUGCAACACGUGUGUUUCUUAGCGUUUUCUUAGUUUUGCAAUAUCCAAAUAGAUAAAAGAACAAACGGGUUACAUAAAGCAACAAAAAGAUCACUGGUUGAUUUGUUUAAACAAUAUUAAUGACUGAGAUUUUGUCUACCUGUUCGCCAUCAGUUGCUCUAAAUCAUGAUUUGAAGACUUGUUAUGUUUUUACCUGUACUGUGAAUAAACUGGAGGUGUCCUUGCUUAAUAAAAUGACGUUUUAAUGGAUAUAUGUACCUUUUCAAGUUACAGUAACUACGAAGAAAUCAGUUCGUAUCUUGUUAUUUUAAGGAUCAAGUACCUCGAUUGAAAGACAGCGUAUUUGUUGAGAGUAUCAAGAAAUCUCGAUGAUAUCGCAUGAUUGUUACAAACAUUUAAAGAUGCAAAGCUUAGAGAAGAUCUUCUCAAAAACACGGUCGAUCGUUCUAGGGAUUUUUCUGAGCUUCCGAUUUGAUUUUAUCUUUCUCUGCUUAUCUAUCUUCUACUCGUUUAAAGCAUUGCUUAUAUUUACAAGUUUUCAUUUGAAAGUAAAAAGGAAUUGUUUUCUCUUUGCUGAACUUAAUGAUUUAAAGCGUGUUCUAACGCCUGGUCCGGCCAUUGUUUGUAAUGGACACAUCCUCUUCACGUGUAUCUCCUGUGCACUCGCAGUCUGGUUAGCGAAAAGGGUUUUGGACGACCGUGCCCAGUAUUUGUUCGAUAACCUUACUUGGAUGGCAGUGAUAAUCGCAGUUCCGCUUUUUGCUGGGCUUGAUUAUUUGAUGAUUAAUAAUGGAAUCGAGUCGCUUUGCCAUUCACUAGUCUCCUUAAAAUAUUGUACUUUCCAUGGUGUGUGGGCAAUCGACUUCCGAACAUUCACGCCAAGAUAUAUGAAAGGCUGGAGCUUCUAUGCUGAUCUUUUGAAUACAAAGACUGCGAUAGGAUGUUUGAUAGUGUCUUGGAUCAUAUUUAUUGUUCUUCACAUUCUGCAAUGUCGCCGCUUUAGAAAACGCGCUGAUGGAGAGCUUAUAGAAAAGGAUGGGGACUUCACCGAAUUGUAUCUGAACAACAACUCACUCUAGUUUGGCAUUUUUAACACAGUGUUGUCGUUUUUGUUGCCGUACCCUUGCAGCCGAAAUAAAGGUUUUAGUCACAUCAAUCGAACGUAACAAAGCAGCUUUCAUGAACGGUAUUUGUCCCCUAUUCAUAUCUGGCGAUAUUAGCCUGUCGAAAAUUAUCAUCGAUUUGAACUUGGAAGCUCGUUUUUAAAUCAUAUUUGAUGUUCGUAUGAUAUAAAUGGAAUGCUAGGCUUGUAAAUUAAAAAGAUAACAAAGUAUUAUCAGAACUUAUAAUAUUUAGUAUGAUUUUGUAUAAGCCUAACUCGAUAUUAUGACUGUUGUUAGUAGAGUACCUAGAAAGACAGGCCAGUUGCAAGGCCUGUGAUUCGCUAGCUUGUAGAACCUUUCAAUUUCCUAGUAAUAAAUUCUGGGUUGUCUGCUACAGUUAAAACAUUAAUUUGCACUGCAAAAUGCACACCGUUCAAAAAUUUUGUAUCCUGUCGUUCUUUUUCGGGAAAUAAUUGCUCUUAAUCGUACUUACUCUUAAUCAUUAAUCGUGCUGAUAUUAGCUAAGUAUUGUAAACGCGGAACAAAAAGCGAAAAUUACGAUGAUCUAAGGACGAGAAAGGCAUUCUUGUAAAUUUUUACUGUACUAAGUUAAUGUAGAAAUAUUCACAGCGGCAGUUGACUGACGUGAUUAUUGAUGAUCGCUGUUUAUUUGCAUUGCUCUUUGCUUCGCCUCAGAAUAAAAUUUACAUUUGAGAUCCAGUAAGUGUUUUUUAAUACAGCAUGGCUGCUGAAUCUAUGUGGUCACAUCCGUUAUGAAAGUUACGAAGCCAUGACGUGGUAAAUUGGAAAGUACGGCCAAUGGAACUGCCGUUCAGCUACUAAUAAACAUUGUUUAUUGAUUAUUGUUUCAGAUUUGGUUUGUUUCUUCCCAGGGCAUUGCUUGGGACAUAUAUGUUACAUAUACUGCAGAUUUUAUAUAAAUUCUCGUUCUCUUUGCAGUACUGCUCUUAACAUUUUUUAUAAGUUGUGUCACGGUGAACAUUUGAGCUUGAAAUCAAUCAACCAGGUUUCUGAAACUCCUUUUCUUGGCUUUGGUCAAGAACUCAUUAAAGCCGUUCGUAACUUAGAUUUUCUAGAUACAUUUAUAACCUAGACAUUAGUAUUUUUUCUAAGAAA